AUGAAAAAAAAGUUGUUUAGAACUUACGCUGCUCCUCCUAUACAGCUUGGACUGCACAUUCCAGAAACAAGAACGAGAACAAAAUCACUUACCGUAUUGUGCAGUGGCAAAGGCAAGAAGCGAGGAAGCGAUGAGCAGCGACAUGAAUCCGUGGACGACGGUGGAGUUCCGGAAUGCGGAGAUCGUAGUGCACUGGUCAUCCGUCAUGUUCCAUCGAGCCCGUGGAACGAGGAGCAAACAUUCCAGUGA